UUUUCUCUUCAACACUACCUUUACCACUUUCACUCCUACUUCACUUGGAAACAUGAGCGACGUCAAAUCUUUUGUUGAGGAUACAAUUAACGAGAACUCUGUUGUUCUUUUCACCAAAUCCUAUUGUCCUUACUGUCGUGAAGCUGUUCAAACCUUCAAAGAACUAAAUGAAGGCUAUGUUGAAUAUCAAUUAGACAACAUGACGAAUGGCUCAGAUAUUCAAAAUUAUCUCUUACAAAAGACUAAACAGAGGACUGUACCCAAUAUUUUUAUAAAUCAACAACAUAUUGGAGGAAAUGACGAUCUUCAAGCAGCGAAAUCAAGUGGUCGUCUUAAGAAUCUGUUGAACCGUGGAACCUUAUAA